UUUUAACAAACACCAUUAAUUUUUUAUUUUUAAAUGAAAUCCCACGGCAACAAAUGAAACCCGCCUAAAGAGUAAGGGGUCCACAAGCCACUUUGCUUAGCUCCAAACUCCACAAUUCCACAGAUAAUCCACUUGACCACUUCCAAAAAUCACAACCCAAAAAUGCUUCAUAAAAUACUCCCUAAAUUAACUUAGAUUUGUUGAAAAGAUCGACUAGUAGACCUACGCCGUAUCGUACAACCACUUUUAUUUCCCACCCACCGAAUUCUAAAAAUAAAAUCAAAUUAAAUAUACUUCCAAAAAUUAAAUUAAAAAAAUCACAAUCUUUCCUUUUUCCCCUCUUUUUUUUGACCGUAGACCACACCAACAUUGAAUCGAAUAUAUUUAAUUAUUAUAUUUCCAAUUAAAAUCCUCCCUUCUCACGUCACCCUUCUUCUCCUAUACCUUUCACAUUUGACCUCUUUUCUUCUUCUUAUACCAUUCUCUCUCUUCCUCCUCUUUCUCUCUCUUCUUCUUUCUCUCCCAUUUUUCCAAAUAUUGAUUGAUUGACUGAUUUAUAAAUCACAAAAAUUAACAAAUUUCCCAUAAAAUUAAAUUAAAAAAAAAAAGAAGAAAUUAUCAUGGGUAAAGAUGAAUUAUACAUCGGUGUUCCAAGUUUUUUCAAGUGUCCAAUUUCAUUAGAUGUAAUGAAAUCACCUGUGAGUUUGUGUACCGGUGUUACCUACGACCGCACCAGCAUCCAACGGUGGUUAGACAGCGGCAACAAUACGUGUCCGGCUACGAUGCAAGUUUUAGACACCAAGGAUUUCGUUCCUAACCAUACCCUUCAACGUCUCAUUCAGAUCUGGUCCACCAACCACCACCAUUCCGCCUCCGCUCUCAAGGGUGCUCUUCUUCCGCAAUUCCAUUCCGUGUCAUCUAGUUUCGUAUCGGAUUUGAUAAAACAAUUGUUAGAAUUGGAGACGGAAAAUGAGAAGGAUGAUGAGAUUUUGUUUGAGGGUGUUGUUAAGAUUCUGUGUUUCGCUUCCGAAUCGGCUGAGAACAGGAGAUUUCUGGGUUCGAAUGGGUUGUUUGUUGAUUUUUUGAUUCGAACCGUGUCCUCGGGAGGUCCGGAUCUGUCCCCGGACCUCCUCGAGGCCGUGCUCAAACUGCUCCAUCUUGUCAUUGGUGCAGCAGGCAAUGACAAGAUGGGUAGUAGCCGCUGCGACCUUGUUUCGGCCCUGGCUCGGGUUCUUAAAACUGGCCGGCCAGGGUCCAGGGUUGCAGCGGCUGGUAUUCUUGAGACAUUUGCUCAAGACGUCGAAACGAAGAAAAUCGUGUUUGACCACCAAGAGCUCGGGGUGGAGCUCUUGGGAAUACUAAAGCAAGGGAGAUUCGAACAAGAGGUAGAGAAACAGGCCGUUUUAUCCUGCCUGAUUUCUUUCUCCUCCCCUCGGCGCAACAAACAAAAGUUGGUCCGAGCGGGAGGAGUUAAAACUAUAGGCGAUAUGAUUACCUCACACGGUAACAAUAGUAAUACUAUUGUUACCGUUGAGCUCCUUUUCACCCUGUUAGAAAUGCUAGCAGGGUGCACGGAGGGUCGACUAGCUAUAAUUGAUGAUCCGAAUUGUAUACCCAUGAUAAUCAACAUGUUAAUGAAGGUUUCGAGCGCAGUGAACGAGCAUGGUAUUACACUAUUAUGGGGUUUGUGUUACUUGUUUCGCGAUCAAAGAGUUAAGGAAUCUGUAAUGAAAAGUAAUGGUGGAUUAACCAAGAUAUUAUUGUUGAUGCAGAGUGAUUGCUCCCCUGCUGUCAAGAGGAUGUGCUGUGAUUUGCUUAGGAUUUUCAGGGUUAAUUCUAAGUCUUGCCUUUCUAGCUAUGAUACUAAAACUACCCAUAUUAUGCCAUGUUAAUCUCGGUUUAAUUUGAUUUCUUUUUUUUUUUUUAUAAUUUGGGUGAUGAAAUAGGUGAAAAUUUGGGAGAGAUUAAUAUACAAGAAUUUUGUAAAUGAUAAGAAAAAAAAAAAAAAAGAAAUUUUUGAUGAAUUAUAGAAAGGAAAUUCAUUCCUUCAUUUAUUGUUAUUUUGUGACUAGCUAUGAAACUAAAUUUACCCUAUAGCCA